ACCUCCCCCACCCCAGUCCGCCCCGCUCCUCCUCCUGCACGCCAGCCUUUCUCUUUGCCUCAGUCACUUCCUUCCUCAGCCUCUUCCCCCCCACAGUGCUUUGAAGAAGAUAACCCGGUCGGGCCGACGCUGCACCAGUUUUUCAUCGGCAAAGAAAAGGAAGCGGAGAGGCAGCAAUGAAUGUGGAUCACGAGGUUAACCUCUUAGUGGAAGAAAUUCAUCGUCUGGGUUCAAAAAAUGCUGAUGGGAAGUUAAGUGUGAAAUUUGGGGUCCUCUUCCGAGAUGACAAAUGUGCCAACCUCUUUGAAGCAUUGGUAGGAACUCUCAAAGCUGCAAAACGGAGGAAGAUUGUUACGUACUCAGGAGAGCUACUUUUGCAAGGUGUUCAUGAUGAUGUUGACAUUAUAUUGUUGCAAGAUUAAUGUGGCUUACAUAUCAUUGUUUAUUGUUAUUUUUUGUUUCUGGUAAACUGGAAUAUUUUCAAGUCAAAGGACAAACAUAUGAGCAUACUAAAUGUAUUUUUAUAGAACUUCGUUAACAAAAGGAGACUUAUUUUAGAAGUCUGUCCUUUUUAUAUCUUGAAAGAAAAUUUAUGUAUUACACUGUAAAAUAAAUAAAACCUAUUAUUUUUCUCAGGAAUCUGGUUGGAAAAUGUAGGCAUUGAGGCUUUUUCUGUGGGUGCGUGAGAGUGUUUCAUAAAUCAUUCUUAGACAAUUUUUAUAGAUAUUUGACAUUCUGUGAAAGCAAGAAGCAAACUGAAGACCAGCUCCCACAAGGAAUAUCAUAAUGUUUAUGUAAUAAAAACAUGUAACUACCUUAAAA